CAGCAGAGAGCUCUACGCAGAGAAUGGUGACCAGGGACUCUGCAGCUUACUGGGUCUUGGUGCCCAACCUCACCUAGUAGAGCUGUUUCUCUGUCCCCUGCAGAGUGAUGGCUUCUUGGGAGAAACCCACCUGGGUCUCCUUCUGGUUCCUGUCUCUCUGCUCUGUUUCCUUAGCUGGAGUUCGCCGUCUCUCUUGCUUCCAGGUCAUCUCCCCUUAUGCAGACCAUGGCCUGCCCAAGCGGCUGAAUGCAAUGAUCGUGAACGACCUGUUGCUUGCAGUCUAUGACAGUGACAUCGGCAAGUUGGUGUCUCGUAAUGGCUACCGCACGGCCCGUCAGUUCUGGAGUGAGAGCUCAGCGAGGUACAUGGCCUGGAACUCCUGGGUGGAAACCGAGUAUGAGGGCCUGGUGCAGAAGAUGAACACCAGCUCCCCAAGGGCAGAGCCCUACUACAUGCAGGUCCUGAAGACCUGUGAGCUGGACGAUGACACGGAUGCCGUCCGAGCCGUCACCCGAUACUCCCUCAAUGGGGAGGACGUGGUGUGGUACGAUGCCGAACAGAACCGUUGGUUCACGGUGCACCCGGCCGCCUCGCACGUGGCAGAGCUCUGGAACCGUGAAGCGAAGACGUUUGGGGAGUUGAAAGUCCACACGGAGCAGCACUGCAGGUUCGUGAUGAAGAUCACUGAGGCUUUCAUCACUGAGAAGACAGCCCAGCCCACAGCCCGUGUGGCCCUUGUCCCAGGGACCCAGGCCCGGCCAGGCCGCCUCGUCUGCCAUGUGACGGGAUUCUAUCCCCGUGACAUCGAGGUGACCUGGGAGCGGGGGGGCCAGGUGGCCCAGGGGGAGCAGCUGACCAGAGGCAUCCGGCCCAAUGGGGACACCACCUUUCAGAUCCAGGUGUCCAUCGAGCUGGGGAAGGAGGGGACUGGUCCCCCAGAGCACGUGUGCGUGGUGAGACACAGCAGCCUGGGCAACACCACCCUGAGGGUCUCUUGGGAUUCCCAGCCUCCAGGCCUGGCUGGUGUCCCAUGGAUCGUGGCUGGCUGCAUCCUCGCUGUCCUGGGAGUCGGAGCCCUGGGAUUGCUCCUGUGGAAGAGGCCAGCGGGCCAGAAAGGGCCGUAUCACCUAGCACAGAUGCAGCCAGGGACCCUCAACUCUGCUCCAGCCACGGCUCAGCCAGAAGGACGCACCUCAUGCACAAUAAUUACUCUCCCAGAUGGAACCGAGUGACCAGACAUGGAGCCAGAUGGGCCAGGGCCGUCAGCUUGGACUGGAGUCCUGUGGAUCCACCCUGGCAAGGAAAAAUCCUGGGGGAAGGGUGUCAUGGAUAAAAUCAAAAUCCCUGAGGUACAGAGUGAGAGGUACCUGUGCUGAACCUCCAUUCUGGUCUCUUCAUCAUUCUCCAAUCACGCAGGUGCUUAUAUUACUCAUGAGAACGUAAGAGUGGCCAGACUGGGUCAGACCAAACGUACUUCUAGCCCCAUGUCCUGUCUGCCCACAGUGGCCAAUGCUAAGUACCCUCAAAGGAGGGAAUACAACAGGAAAUCCUCACGCGAUCCCUCCCCUCUCACCCACCUCCAG